AUGGUGUCUAUCCCAACGCUUUUGCAUGAUACUAUAAAAGAUCUCCAUCAUCUCAGUGAGUUUCGAGAUAAAAACGAAGAUGAGCUACGAGAGUAUUCGGUCCGAGUUGUGCGUCACCUCCUACUUCUUCUCGAAAGUGAUAGACAAAAGAGUCACAAAGUUACCAUAGAAACGAGCGUGUUUCUGCCAUUCGAAGCAACUUUCUUCUCUUCUAAUGAGUCUCUUUCUACGAAUGUCUGCCAUUUCUUGCAUGAUCGUGUUGAGUCACUAACUCCAGACACCAUGUACCAUCAGCUUUUGGUUGUAUUGGCAGAAGAGACUGGGCCCGAGCCUCGACCAGUUCGCAUCAAAGAAACGUACUCUCGUCUUGUUUCGCAAUUCUCGACAUUAGUUUAUCGGUUUACUCAACUUCAUAGCUCGGCUGAAGCAGAGUUCUUGCUGUUCCUCUCUAAAUGCUUUACCUUAGAACAAUCGUACUACUCAAAUCUUAGAUCUCGCAUCGAUGUAUAUCCGGAUCUGGAUACAGAGAAAAUAAUUAAUGCCUUAGACAGCUUUAUUGACAAACCUCAGGCUGAAAUCACCACACAACUGCUUGAGAGCAUGUUUAGUUACGAAGAAAUGCAGCAGAAAGCAUCAGCAGAGGAGGUGGGCUUCCGAAGCUCAGAUUCAUCUUUGAAUAGCUUUUACUCCAAAUUCCUACAACUCUCUUUGCUCAAGCUGUCGGAGGACUUUCAAGAGCAUUCAUCUGCCUACCUCAAGGUGAUGCUAAAUCUUUACAUGAAGUCUCUCCGCGCUGAGUUUUUGGAGGUUGAUGAGUCGUCCCAGUACUCAAAAAUUUUGCUUUUAGUUGAUUUUAUCUGCUCUGAUGAGUCUGCGAUUCUACCGAUGUCGUAUAAAGACUUUAUCGUAAAAAUUCUCCAAAAUGAGAUCAAACUGCCGAUUCCAACUAGCGCAUCAACGCAAAAGAUUCUAGAAUCAGAUUUUUCUCGCGAGACCGGAGUCCAAUUGCUGCCAAGUGAGGCGCUUGGCCUCAUCUCUGACGUUCUGGCUGUGUUUGAAAGUCUGAUAGAGUCAGGUAUACAAUUGAAUUCAAAUUUCCCGAAAUGCUUUCGUUAUUAUCUCAUCCUUGUGUUGGAGCAAUUUCCAGAGAGUGCUGGCGCUCUUGAUUUCUCUUUUAUCAAAUUAGUGAGGGAUAUUACUCAUGAAAUCAUCAAUUUCGAAGCAACAAACUCCGAUGAGGAUUCCCGCCUCUUUUUAAUAGUGGAAAAGCUCCACCUGGCCCAGGAUAGACUCAUGAUGGGAAAUUCACAACAAACUCUUUUGAUGCGGGCGUCUUUGUUAGAGUAUCUCAGACUGAGUCUGUUCUUAUCGAAGUGCCUUCGUGAUUGGAAUAUGAAGUUGUUGGCCGUUCGCCAAAUGGACCUCUUGCUUGAAGAGCGGUUUGGAACUAGCAAUGAACGGAAGUCUCUAAAGAAGUGCUUUUCGAGAUGGUAUAAUAGAAGGGUUAAGUCCCGGGAAUUGCUUAAGCAUGCUGCAUUUUACAGUGAUACGCGCCUUCUAACACGUUUUCUUAAUGAGUUCUUCAUCAAGCCACAAAUUCAGAUUGCAGCUAAGGAAAACCUAGCAAGGGAAUUUGUGUUGAAACGAUUUUUCAAAGCGUGGUCCUUUAAGACCAUUUUGCUACACCAGAGAGACAAAGAGGCCAUUGCACACUAUACUCAAAGAAUCUUGAGAAUCAAUUUGACGAAAAUGCAUCAGCUAUGUCUUCAAAGGAAGUACAAUGUCAACACGGCACUUCAAUUUCAUGAUGAAUCUUUGAGAAUCAAAAAUAAGAAUUUAUUGGUCCAAAUUCUCGAGAUUUGGCGCAAUGAAUGGCAAGCACUGUAUCCAGAAAACAGAGAUUCACAACUAAUAUCUAAUCGUUUCCAGCAGCUUGAUGCUCUCGGACGGUCAUUGGCUUUACGAAAACCAUUUUCAAUUUGGCAAAAGAAGUCAAAUUUACGCAACCUCUCCUAUGAGUUUUUCUUAAAGCGGAAAGAACUGCUAUUGAGGUCUGUUUUCUCAAAAUGGGUUUCAUAUUCUAAGAUCAUCAAAAUAAAAAACGAACAUAUUCUUCGGCACAAUCACCUGCUCAAGCAAAUCUUCUUCACACAUUGGUAUACCGACUGGAAAAGUGUUGUUGCCGCAGCCCAAAUGGAGCGUCAAACGCUUCUAUCUCGGAGCCUCCGUCUGUUCAAGUUGCACAAACUCGAGUGUAACUUCGAUAAAAGGCACAAAUUAAAUUCCCUUCGACUCUCAAUGAAAAUCUGGCAACUAAAAAGUAAAUCAAGGGCCGCGCAUACAUCCAAGAAUAAGGGCAUCCUUGAUAACUGGGCAGAAAAGUACCAGAAGCAGCAGCAAAAUAAGUCGAAAGCUGUUGUGGUUUAUGAUUCUAAACUUCGGAGUCGUAUAUUGUAUUACUGGUUAGAUUCACUAACGUUUAUCGACAACCUGAGAGAAGUCGCAGAUCUUAAUUUCCAGAGAAAUAUACUAAACAGAAUCUCCCGAACUUUUCAGAAACACCAAAACCAGAAAUUUAAAGCCGACGCCCACUAUAAAUUGCUUCAAGAAUCUCAGAAGUCUUCGCUAAAACGAAAGGUAUUCGACUUUUGGUUGUCUAUACACCACGAGAACUUCGAAAAAGAGGCCGAAAAUCGUAUACAAAAUUUUCAAUCCGCGUUCACAGAUCGGCGCAUCAACAAAGUGGUGUUCAAGUUUUGGUUGCUGCGCAUGAGGCAGAUACAACAGAAUGAAGUCCAUCUCGAAAAUGCAUUGAAGAAAUUCCAGCGAUCGAGUUUGAACGUGCAAUCCUCGUUUCUUUCCUGGGUUAAUUCAACGAGUCGCAGGUAUGAACUUGCUGAGCAAGCGGAUGAAUUCUACGCAGUAGGCGUUUAUGGCAAGAUUUGGAGAGCUUGGUUUUCGAAAUACGCCCGAAUCGUGAACUACAUGAAUUUACAAGCUGAGAACAUCUCGGAUCGGAAAGAUUACGAGUCUGCGGUGGCAAUAUUGCGGAAAUGGUACUACAAGCACGCCACUAUCGUGAGUGCAACAGAGAACAUCUGCAACAAGUUUCUCGACAAAAAAAAGAGGCUCAACCUCAAAAUAAUGUUCGAGCUAUGGGUACAUAAGUUGCAAGCGAAGCACAGGGAUAUUUUGGAAGAAGAUUACGAAGAAGCUGAGCUGUCAUUCGGGAGUAACUCCUCUCCUUUGGCAAGAAAGAAUGUGAAAUCAAACAAAAGCAGCUCCUAUUUCGCAAACGAAACAUAUUAUUUUUCUCCAAUGGAGACAAGCUCACCAUCUCCGUUUACUCCUGUGAAAAACAGGGCUAGUCCCACAAGACUUCAGGAAACAAAUCAGAGGAUAAAGCUCAAUAGAAUGGAUGCUUUGACCCAACAUUUCAGGCGGGCCAAUACACUAGAAGAUCGGAAAGGAAGUGCACUUAAAACAAGUUCUAUCCCGAGGCUCUCGCCCCCUAAGAAACAGGUGAGAUCGGAGACGGUAGCAGGUCCUCCUCCAGCACCCAACUUCAACACUUUAAAGACUGAUGCGAACGAAACUAAUGGCGCUGGAUCGGACUCAACUGAAAGACUAGACUCUACCACUGAAAUUGGUAGCAGUUCCUUCGUGGAUCUCGCAAAGAGCCUGCAACGGAUUAAGCCAAUUGUUAUUCCGUCAGACGAAUCACCGAAAGAAUUGUCGUAUUCCUCGUUGAGUACCUUGAAAGAAAGGCUACAGUCUGCGCAGUCAUCUCCGAUUAGAAGAUCCAAGCAAAAUAACUUUUAG